AAAAAACUAAGCACAUAAAUAGGCCGCGCAGUCUGCACAUGAGGUGUAAAACUGCAGCUUCUUAGUAAAUGUGAACAUUUUGUAUCCUUCGAGAGAAUGACCAUCACAAAUUUCUCAAUUGAAUACGAUGCAAUCAGUCGGCAAAACGGCUUCACCAACGGCGAUGCCGUCAGAGGACGAAUCAUUGUGGAGGCGUCCAAAGAAACGCGAAUCAAAUCGCUGACUUUGAUCGCAAAAGGAAAAGGAGAAGCCCAUUCCACUGACGAAGACAGCAGUUUUAGUGUUUAUGAGAAAUAUUACACCAUUCGACAGCACAUUUUGGAAGAAGCAAGACAAGAAGGUGAAACCAAAGUUAUCGCACAAGGAAGACACGCAUUUCCUUUUUCCUUCAAGAUCCCUGAGAGGGAAAUGCCAUCGUCAUUCAAAUGCACUUUAUGUAAAAUUGUUCAUAAGCUGAAGGCAGAGCUUAAACAAUCCAUGAAACUGCUGAAAAAAACUGAAACCUACUUCAAAUUUGUCUCAAAACCAGCUAUGGCUAUUCCUGGAAUUAUGGUGCCUCAGCAUGGUUGCAAGAAUACAAGUGUCAAAUUCUUCGGCUCUGGAACAGUUACAAUGGACGUUUACACCGACAGACUGGGAUACAAACAAGGCGAAACACUCCGAGUGCGAGCUGAAAUUCUAAACCAUUCAACUCGUUCAGUGACACCAGUUGUAAAGUUCUACCUGAAGGAGAAUUCCUUUGGAAAUGGUCUGCAAAGUCUAGUUGUGAAAAAAAUCCUUCAGAUGGAGGCCCCGGCUGUUGCGUCCACGAGCAAAAAGACGGUGAUGAAGGAGAUCCCCAUUCCCAGACGACUGCCACCCUCCAUGUUGAACUGCUCCAUCUUCAGGCUGGAGUACGAGCUGAAGGUCCACGUGGAUAUCAAAUACACAGUAGACGAGGGCGUCACGAUUCCAGUUGUGGUCCUUCCCGACGUACGACAUCAGCCGAGUCCUGCGGCAUUUGAGCCCGAAACAUCCGACAUCGCCGACCGCCCGACGUGGAGCAACACAGCCCAACAUUUGGACGCCCCUCCUUCCUAUGAAACAUUGUACCCCUCCUAGUGUGCUUCUGACAUUCAUGGAAGUGGGCUGUAUACAAAAAAAAAAAAAAAAAAAAAGAUGGCAAAUAUCAGCGGCAAGAUGGCAGCAAAUAACAAGUGGAAAUAAAACCUCUAUAAUUUUGACAUUGUUAGUCAAGAACUAUCUUUGU